ACUAAACGUGAGUCGCAGCUGCAGCUGCAGCCGAGAAGAAAAGUUUCUUUUUCACCAGAAAACUUUUUCCACUUCUGCAGACAGAAGACCAAGGAACUACAGCCCCAACAACCAACAUGGCAGCGGUUAGUAGUGUCCUCUCUGAAGAUCAGUUUCUGUGCUCCAUCUGUCUCGAGGUGUUCACCGAUCCAGUCACCAUCCCAUGUGGACACAACUUCUGCAAGAGCUGCAUCACUGAACACUGGAAGGUUAAUUUCCCCUGCCAGUGCCCCCUGUGCAAAGAGCUUUUUGGGCAGAACCCUGCCCUGCGAGUCAACACUUUCAUAUCGGAAAUUGCUGCUCAGGUCAGGCUGUCAGUCCGGGAGGAAACCAGCAGUAGCUCAGAGGAACAACGACCCAAUGUAGGGGAAGUUCUCUGUGACUACUGCACUGACACCAAACUAAAGGCCUUAAAAUCCUGCCUGGAUUGUCUCAUCUCCUACUGUGAGACUCAUCUGGAGCCUCAUCAGAGAAUCCCAGCCCUAAAAAGACACGAACUGAUCGAUCCUGUGGAGAAUCUGGAAGGCAGGAUCUGUAAGACGCAUGUGAGACCUUUAGAGCGGUUCUGUACGACUGACCAGAAGUGUGUUUGUCGGUUUUGUACUGAGUCAGAACACAAGGGUCACAGCAUAGUGUCUCUGAAAGAAGAAUUCGAAACGAAGAAAGCUGGGCUGGGAACGAUGGAGUUUAAGGUCCAGGAGAGGAUCAAGGAGAGACAACUAAAGAUCGAAGAGAUCAAACAGUGCAUAAAGAUCAGCAAGGAAGAUGCAGACCAAGAGACGGCGGUAGGUAUGCUGAUCUUCACUGCUCUGAUUCGGUAUGUUGAGGAAGGCCUGGCCCAGCUCAUUGACAAUAUCCAUGAGAAGCACAAAACCACAGAGAAACAGGCUGAAGGUUUCAUCAAAGAGCUGGAGGAGGAAAUUGCUGAGCUGAGGAAGAAAAGCUCUGAGAUUGAGCUGCUCUCAUGCAACAAAGACCAACUCCAGUUCCUGCAAAACUUCCCAUUGCUGAAACCUGCUCCACCCACCAAAGACUGGACAAGGGUGAGGGUUUGCACGACAUAUGAAGGAUCUCUGAGAACAGCUCUGGCCCAGCUGGAGGAAAUACUCAGCAAAGAAAUGAAGAUGCUUUCUGCUGAUGCUGAAAUAAAGAGGUGCAAGCUGUACUCAGUGGAUGUGACCCUUGAUCCUGAAACGGCUCAUCCUAAACUCAUCCUGUCUGAUGAUGGGAAGCAAGUCUGUCAUUCGGAUGUUAGUCAAAAUAUCCCAGACAAUCCAAAGAGAAUAUUGUCAUAUUUUGGUGUGUUAGGGAAGCAGAGUUUCUCUUCAGGAAGAUUUUACUAUGAGGUUCAAGUUGAAGGGAAGACAGACUGGGUUUUGGGGGUGGCCGAGGAGUCUAUCAACAGGAAGACUGCCUUUGAAUUUGCCCCAAGGAAUGGCAUCUGGACUGUGUGUUACAGGGAUGAUCAUGAGUACAAAGUUCUUGAUGACUCUCAUAUCCGUCUGUAUUUGAAAUCCGUGCCUAAAAAGGUUGGGGUAUUUGUAGAUUAUGAGGAGGGUUUGGUCUCGUUUUAUGACGUAGAUGUUCCAGGACUCAUCUACUCCUUCACUGGCUGUAACUUCACUGAGAAAGUCUACCCGAUCUUCAAUCCCAAAAACAACAGCACUGGUAAAAACUCUGCCCCGCUGGUCAUAUGUCUGAACGAUCACACAGACUGAACUAUCAUAUCUUUAUCCCUGUCGUCAGAGUGCUUUCAGAGGGGAAAAUCAGUGCUGCUACUCCUCUUAAUAACAUAGUGUUGGAAGUCCACACUACUUCUGAGUGAGUCCUGAGCCUCUCUUGGCUUACUUCAGCUGUAGUUACAGAGAUUUUUUUCCUACUGUCUUUGAAAACUGAAUUUACACAAACUGAACUCAUAUGUUAAGAUGGGCCAUUUACAGUACUUUUAUACUUAUCAUUUACAGCAUGUAAUUCUAUGACAUCUUUCAUGUACAACAUGUUUUUUUUGUAACUUUGACAUUUAUAAUUUACAACCUGUAAUUAUUUGACUCGACAUGCCAGAUAUACAGUUUCAUAUAUCCAUUGCAUAGGGUAUAAAACCCAGUUUCCCAAAAAAUUGGGAUGCUAUGCAAAAUCUAAAUAAAAACAAUGAUUGUCAAAUCCCAUAAACCCAUAUUUUAUUCACAAUAGAACAUUAACAGCAUAUCACAUGUUGCAACUGAGACAUUUUACCAUAUCAUGAAAAACAUUUGCUCGUUUUAAAUUUGAUGGC